AUGUCUCAACCAACACCAGAUGUCUUUGAAGCCGCCGCCUCUGGUGAGCUCGACUCGAUCAAGUCCUUGGGACGUAUCCAUCUUGAAGCUAAGAAUGACCGUGGCUGGACUCCUUUGAUGUUUGCGGCUAGAUUUGGACAUGCGAGUGUGGUCGAGUACCUGCUGUCGAAUGCCAAAGUGGACGCAGCGGUGGUCAACAAGGACGGCAAGACGGCUGCAGAACUAGCCGAUUUUUGGGGUUCGACCGAGGCCGUCGCGGUGUUCGAUCGUUUAGCACCCAACAAGAACAAGAUCCAACAAAGUGUCGGAUCUCCUUUUGCUCCCCCCCCUUCUCCACCCUCAGCGAACCCCAUGGCGGCGGGUGCAGGACUUGUCGCCGGAACUCAAAAACCUUCGUCAACGUCGUCGUCAUCGAUUGCGGAAUGGUGGAAUAAAUGGUCAGUCAAAGGCUUGCAGCCGAUCCAGUUCACGGGUGCGACGCAUAACCGCUCGAGUUUUCUGAGGACUGACAAGGAGUACCUGCAGGAGUCCCUCCAGGCGCCCACGACCCGAUUUGUCAUCUUUGCAGAGCACGGUGUUUUGUUCAAUUCCAGUACGAGGGCUCUAGCGUAUGCCUCGUACGAGGAUGUGAAGCAUCUGUUGGGAGCGGAUCCUAUCAACAACUUGCCUGAUGGACUGGUGUUGGCGUUCUUGGGUGUUGAUGAGACUGGUAAUGGACAGCCACAACAGGAGAGCGAGGUCCUUGUCCGUGGCCGUCGUGGUGUGGGCUACUGGACGCUGGAUCUAUCUGCCAAGAACUCGACCCGGGACCUCAAAAACGCCAUCGAGACAUGGACCAACGCUUACACGGAGAAACAUGGGCAUUACAUGGCCGAGAUGCGCCCCGCUGCAUUUGGAUUGACGUACCCCGAGAGUGGUCUUGUCGCUCAGGCACGGUCGGUCGUGGAUUGGAACAAGCGGAACCAGUUCUGUGCGGGCUGUGGAAGGAAAAACUUGUCGCUGGAGGGAGGUCAUAAGCGAUCUUGCCCACCGACGGUUAACAGGGAUGGGGAGGAGGUCAAGUCGGAUUGUUUGGCGCAUAGGGGUGUUCAGAACUUUACAUAUCCUCGUACCGACCCGGUGGUGAUUGUAUGUGUUAUCUCAAAGGACAACGAACGCGUCCUACUCGGCAGACAAGCAGUCUGGCCAAAGGGCAUGUACUCCUGCCUCGCAGGAUUCGUAGAACCCGGCGAGUCAAUCGAAGAAGCAGCCCGUCGCGAAGUCAAAGAAGAAUCCGGCAUCCGUCUGGGCCACGUUCGUUACCACUCCUCUCAACCCUGGCCCUUCCCCAACUCGCUCAUGAUGGGAUGCCAUGCCGAGGCUGUCAGCGAAAAUGUGGAUAUUACACAGGAAGAUAAGGAAUUGGAGGAUGCCAAGUGGUUUACGCGUGCGCAGAUCUUGGAGGCCCUUAGGUCUGCUCGGGGGUCGAGCUGGGGUAAACCCUCUGAAGACGGUAGUCUCCGCCUCUCUCCUCCUACCGCCAUUGCGCAUCAUAUCUUGAAAGCGUGGGCCACAGAGGAGGGCGAGAUCCCACUCUCCAAGAUGUAA